AUGCUGCUUUUUCAUUAAAGAAGGUCUCAAAUUAUUUUUUUCAAAGUCAUAUUUUGAAGUAUUAAACAUGUUCGUGUCGGUUUACUGUAGUGUUUUAACAGUGUUUAUGUUAGUUUCGUCAGGUAACUCGGCUCCCGCUGUGGGACACACUCAAGACAAUGAGGAAGACUCGCUGGAUGCACCAUCUUACCUGGCAGAAUUUGGUUACCUUCCGCCAUCCGAUCCCAAUGGUCCAAGCCAAAUCAUAGCAGCCGAAACUCUAGCAAAGGCCAUAAGGGAAUUCCAAACCUUCAUGGGACUUGAAGAAACAGGUGUGUUAGACCGUGAAACCAAGAAACUAAUGAAAAAGCCAAGGUGUGGGAUAAAGGACCAACCAACCAUCAAUGGACCCAGCUCAUACAAGCUCACGGGUAGCAAAUGGAAAACAAACACUCUCUCCUACAAGAUCACCAAGUACCCAGACGACUUUCCCCGGGAUGAGACAGACAGAACCAUUAAGGAAGCCUUCCAAGUUUGGUCGAGAGUGACACCUCUUAAAUUUAUCAGAAAAACCAGAGGAAAUGUACACAUCGAAAUCAAGUUUGCUCGAGGAAGGCAUGGCAGCUGUGAACCUUUCAAAGGCCCUCUCGGAGUUCUAGCUCACGCUUUCGACCCCAUAUCAGGAGGAGACAUACACUUCGACGACUCCGAGCCAUGGACCAUCAACACCUACGAAGGCGUAAACCUUCUACUGACUGCAGCCCAUGAAAUCGGACACGCUUUGGGUCUUGAGCAUUCCAAGUACAAGAACGCACUCAUGUAUGCUUACGCGCAAGGGUACGACCCCAACUUUAGACUUAGCAACGAUGACAUCAGAGCUAUCCAGCGCCUGUAUCCAAAUCAGUCCUAGAACUUCUCUCUACGGUCGCCAUCAGGAUCGAGAACAUUAAUGUAUUAUCCAAUUUUAUAGGUUAUUAUUAAUAAAAACUACUCACUCAUGUACUAUGUUAUAGUUUUAUCUGUGAUUUUGUAACAAAACUAUUUUUAUGUUUGAUUAAAUGUUUUUUUUUAAUACCUUA